AUGGAGUUGGGAAGCAUACUCCAUUUCCUUCAGGACAAGACCAUUUUGAUCACUGGAGCCACUGGCUUUCUUGCCAAAGUUUUGUUGGAGAAGAUAUUGAGGGUCCAACCAAAUGUUAAGAAGAUCUACCUUCUUUUAAGAGCUGCAGAUGCCAAAUCUGCUACUCAUCGCUUGCACAAUGAGAUCAUAGCGAAGGAUUUGUUUAGGGUACUGAAGGAAAAAGUUGGUGCAAAUUUUAAUUCUUUUAUCUCGAAAAAGUUGACCCUGGUACCUGGUGACAUAUCUCGAGAAGACUUAGGAUUGGAGGAUACCAUUCUAAAGGAAGAGAUUUAUGAUCAAACAGAUGUCAUCAUUAACUUAGCUGCUACAACUAACUUUGAUGAAAGGUAUGAUAUAUCUUUGGGUCUAAAUACCUUUGGUGUCAAGUAUGUCAUCAACUUCGCCAAAAAAUGUACAAAACUCCAGGUUCUUGUGCAUGUUUCAACAGCCUACGUAUGUGGUGAGGGAGGGGAAGAAGGACUGAUAUUAGAGAAACCAUAUCAUCUUGGUGAUUCUCUGAAUGGAGUCCCUGGAUUAGACAUCAAUGCAGAAGAAAAAGUGGUUCAUAACAAAUUGACUGAACUACAACAACUGGGGGCCACAGAAAAGGAAACUAAAGAGGUUAUGAAGGACUUGGGUAUUAGCAGGGCAAAGUUGUAUGGAUGGCCAAACACAUAUGUAUUCACCAAGGCAAUGGGAGAGAUGCUUGUGGAGCAACUGAAAGGAAACUUAUCCGUUGUGAUCAUUCGUCCUACUAUUGUUACCAGCACAUUCAGAGAGCCUUUCCCUGGUUGGGCUGAAGGUGUAAGAACUAUUGACAGUUUAGCAUUAGCUUAUGGGAAGGGGAAGUUGACAUGCUUCCUUGGAGAUCUCAAAGCAAUUGUUGAUGCGAUACCAGCUGACAUGGUGGUGAAUGCAAUACUUGUGGCUAUGGUGGCUCAUGCAAAUCAUCCUAGUGAUGAUGUUAUAUACCAUGUUGGUUCCUCUGUUAGAAGACCAAUAAGAUACAGCAAUCUUCAAGAGUAUGGCUUAAGAUAUUUCACAGCAAAACCAUGGAUAAACAAAGAUGGAAGGCCAGUUAAGGUUGGCAAAGUUACAGUACUGAGCAACAUGGAGAGCUUCAGAAGAUAUAUGUUCAUUCGCUACCUGCUUGUGCUGAAGGGACUUGAGCUGGCCAAUACUGCAUUUUGCCAGUAUUUCCGAGGCACAUAUCUUGAUCUCAGUAGGAAGAUCCAGAUUGUGAUGCGGUUGGUGGACCUUUACAAGCCCUACUUGUUCUUCAGAGCUGCAUUUGAUGAUAUGAACACAGAGAAGUUGCGAAUGGCAGCAAGACAAGGAGGGGUGGAGACAGAUUUGUUUUACUUUGAUCCCGAACUGAUUGAUUGGGGUGAUUACUUUUUGAACAUCCACCUUCCUGGUGUGGUGAAGUACAUUUUCAAGUGA